GUCUCAACGACCAGUACCCGUGCCUCCUCCUGCAGCGCCUGCUCUUCAGAUUCAAUAGUCUCCUACUACUGAAAAGCCCAAAACGACUUAAACAACAUGUCGGACGAAGGUAAACUCUUCAUCGGUGGCCUCAGCUUCGACACCAACGAGGAAUCUCUGGCUGCGGCCUUCUCCAAGUAUGGAACCAUCGAGAAGGUGGACGUGAUCAGAGACAAAGAGACCGGGAAUUCCCGCGGUUUUGGCUUCGUGAAGUACGACAACGCCGAGGAUGCCAAAGAAGCAAUGGACGGCAUGAACGGAACCUCCCUCGAUGGCCGGUCAAUCCGCGUCGACGAGGCAGGGAAAGGCGGUGGUGGCGGAGGAUCAAGAGGCGGCGGCGGCGGCGGAUUCGGGCGCGGGAGAGGCGGAGGUGGCGGGAGAGGUGGUGGUGGUGGAUAUGGCGGCGGCGGCGAGAGAAGCUAUGGUGGCGGCGGAGGAGGAGAACGAAGCUAUGGCGACAGAUCAAGCUACGGAUCCGAGGGUCGUUCCGGCGGAGGUGGCGGCGGCUACAGAUCCGGCGGCGGCGGAGGAGGCGGCGGAUACUCAGGAGGUGGAGGAGGAGGUUACAGAGGCAACCGCGAUGGAUACGAAUAAAGCAUCAUUCCCACUGGCUUAAAAACAGUUGUAUAAAUAUAAAUGUGUUGAUCUGAACUGAGUAAAAGUUGUGUUUUCCCAGCAAGCUCCAUUCACGGUGACAGGGCACCAUCAUUCUUUGACUUUGACUUGAUUUUGAUAAUAAACAGCCUCAGGCCUUGUGAAUCACAUGAAA